GAUAAGCAGCUGCUCUCUCACCACACUCUGUCGACAACUAAAACUUUUGAUUCGCGGCGCACGUGUGUGUUUUCGGGUUGUUCUGUGCCCAGGAAUUGCGUUUUGUCAGAGGGAGAUGCACCCUUAGAGCAGGAUUAUGGUUCGAAUUUUGAGCCCCUUUUCGGCGAAGGAACACUUCAAAGGGGGUGCCGUCGGCGCGUCUUAGAAUGAUAGAGCAGCAGCAUGUUUACAAAGAGCGCGAGCAUGAAUGAAGAGCCCCUAACGAGCGCCCCGAAUGCAGAUCAACAGAGCAGCCCGCUGCAGGAAAAGAACGGCAAGGGAAAGCGCUUCAGUUUCAGGACGGCGCGAUCCGAGAGCACCGAGACGGCCCAGAUGGCGGCGGGCAGCAACACGGUGGUGAAGACGCGGCGGUCCCGCAGUCUGCGGCACCCGUUCCGCGUGAGCACCUCGACGGCCGUCGAGUCGGCCAACAGCACCGGCAGCAUGGUGUCCAUCGCGCCGCACUCCUCGGCCAGCAGCACCAACCUGCAGCGCCCCAAGAAGUCCAACUGGGAGGUCAUCGAACACUUCAACGCCUCCUCUGGACUCAUCGCUUCCACACUCAAGCCAAAAGAUGAGGACGAGAACACGCUGGCCUUGAACGGAUUUGACGAUCUCGGCUUCGGUCACGCCUCGUUCUGGGAGAGAUGCAAAUACUUGUUGGGCAAGGCGUGGAAUUCGCGCGGAUUUGAAAAUCCAGAGGUGGAAAUGCUUUAUCAGCGAUAUUUCCUCAGAAUGAACCAGAGCCAUUUAAUUCACCUUCUCGUCCUCCUGGUCGCUCUAUCGUCCGUCCUUCUCCUCAUCGUGCUUCUUAAUUCAGGCCCGCGGUUGUUGGCCUGCUCGGUGCUUAUCACCUGCAUGUUGGUCUACCUGGCGCUGCUGGCCAUGCUGUCCAAACCGUCCCUGAACGAGCUGUACCUGAUGGCCGCCUCGUACGUGGUGAUGCUCACCUUCGUCGGGCUGACCCUGUUGAUGGCCCUGACGCCGCACAACUCGGUCUCGGCCAUCAUUUCCCUGGUCUUCCUGACCUUCGCCAUGCUGCCCGUCCACCUUUUCGAGGCCGUGAUCGCCUCCAUCCUCCUCACAAUCGUGCACCUCGUCGCCGUCGACCUCACCCUGGAGGAAACCUCCGUGCAAAAGCUGCUGACCGACGGCCUGCUGCUGCUGGGUGCGAUCGUUUGUGGGGCUCUGACGCACUUCCCUGGGGAACAGGCCCGCAGGACCGCCUUCAUGGAGACCAGGCAGUGCAUCGAGGCGAGACUUCGGACGCUGCACGAAAACCAGCGACAGGAGAGGCUUCUGCUGUCGGUGCUGCCGCGUCACGUAGCCAUGGAGAUGAAAGCAGACUUCGCCGGAAAACCCACCGACUCCAUGUUCCACAAAAUCUACAUCCAGCGGCACGAGAACGUCAGCAUUUUAUUCGCAGACAUUUGCGGAUUCACGAGUCUCUCUGACCAAUGCACGGCUGAGGAGUUGGUGUGUUUGCUCAAUGAGCUUUUUGCCAGAUUUGACAGAUUGGCUGCCGAACAUCAUUGUCUGCGGAUCAAACUGCUCGGCGAUUGCUACUAUUGUGUCAGCGGCCUGCCCGAGCCACGACCAGACCACGCGCAGUGCUGCGUCGAGAUGGGUCUUGACAUGAUCGACGCCAUAGCGCUGGUGCGCGAUGUCACCGGGGUCAAUGUAAACAUGCGUGUCGGCAUCCACUCGGGCCGCGUGCACUGCGGGGUGCUGGGCCUGCGAAAAUGGCAAUUCGAUGUCUGGUCUAAUGAUGUCACCCUCGCCAACCACAUGGAGAGCGGCGGCAUUCCGGGCCGAGUGCACGUGACAAAAGAAACUCUGCAGUACCUGGGCGACAGCUACGAAGUGGAGCCGGGAAACGGCGGCCAGCGAAACUCUUACCUCCGAACGAACAACAUUGCGACGUACUUGAUCGUGCCCAAGGAUGAGUGCCGCAUCAAUCCCCAGAAGCAGGCGUGCAACUCGAAUAACAAGGGCGCGAACGGCGUGAGCGUUUCCAAAGAGCUGAGGGUCAUGGGCCAUCACCUGAUGGUGGAGAACAGACUGGAGGAGCCGCGUGACCAGCAGGAGGAGCUCAACGACUACCUCAAACGCGCCAUUGACGCGCGCAGCGUGGACAGGUUGCGUGCCGAGCACUGCAAACACUUCAUGCUCAACUUCAGGCAACCCGACGUCGAGAAAAAGUACUCGCACGAGCAAGACAAACUGCUGGCGGCGUACUUUGUGUGUUCCUUGCUGGUGUACUUGCUUGUGAUGCUGGUGGAGGCGAUCGCGAGCAAAAGCUUACUUGCUCUUUUGGCCUGUGCUCUAUGCAGCAUACCUGGACUGAUUUUAAUAGCAUUUAUCAACUUUCUGACUCUAUCCUAUAAGCGUGAGAGCUGCAGCAAUGUGUGCGGCAAACUCGUGACCAAAGUUUCGACCAAAAUGAACCAGAGUCGUCAGGUGGCGCAAAACGUGGCCAUCUGCAGCGUCGUGUGCAUUUACGUCGCAGCCGUGCUUCCACUGUUAUUCAAUUCGUGGCCAAGCGAGUGCAACGUGGACCAGCAAAUGUUGCGAAACUUCAGCGAAGGCAACGCGACCGCCCAACCCGAGCUGAAUGGCACCGUCGGCUUCGUCUACAACGUCAGCCUUUGUGAUACCGAGCAGAUUCCGGAGUGGGUUGCCGGUUGCUUUGUGCUGGCGAUGGCGGCGUGUGCCGAGAAUAGGGCACUCACCACCCCUGUGAAACUGUCGCUGCUCGGUCUGGGCAGCAUCAGUUCCAUCCUCUGUUUGAUGCUUCCACCCAUGUCAAUGUGGAGCCUUGGUGGUGAUUUGACCGGGAUGCCGGUCUUGCUGACCGCCUCUUGCAUUUUAUUUCUGCUCCUCGCCGCACUGAUUCACAGCCAGCAGGCGGAGACAACUUCGCGCCUCGACUUUUUGUGGAAGCUCCAGGCAAAUGAGGAAAAAGAGGAAAUGGAGCACUUGCAGGCGCACAACAGAAAACUGCUUUCCAACAUUCUGCCCGAGCACGUCGCGGAUCACUUUCUAGGCGGCGAUAUUGAGGAGCUGUACCACCAAGAGUGCGAGUUUGUGUGCAUCAUGUUCGCGUCGAUUCCCAACUUCUCGGAAUUUUACGUCGAGUUGGAGUCGAACAAUGAGGGCGUCGAGUGUCUGCGGCUGCUCAACGAAAUCAUCGCCGACUUUGACGAGAUUUUGGCGGAAGAGCGGUUCAGCUCGAUCGAGAAAAUCAAGUCGACUGGCGCCACUUACAUGGCUGCGUCUGGCUUGACAGAGGAGUCUUGUGAUCUCAUUAACUUCACGCACGUCACCGCGAUGGCCGAUUACGCGCUGCGCAUCAGGGAACAAUUAGAAUAUGUUAACGAACAUUCCUUCAAUCACUUCAAAAUCAGAAUAGGCAUAAGUGUGGGUCCAGUGGUAGCAGGUGUGAUUGGGGUGAAAAAGCCGCAGUACGACAUUUGGGGAAAUGCCGUGAACGUGGCCAGCAGGAUGGACUCGACAGGCCUACUAGAUUCCAUUCAAGUGACGCAGGAAGUGUACAAAAUUUUGUGUGAGCGCAACUACUCGUUGACCUGCAGAGGGCCUGUCGAUGUCAAGGGCAAGGGUGAAAUGGUGACCUACUUGCUGACCGGAAGCAGUUAAAAUUUUGUGAUCUUUUUAAUUGUAUAAAAUCUCAGAGUAUUUUCAGAGUGAAAAAUACGCAGGGCUCCCUAUUGAAAUGUCAUUUGAUGCAAAGCUGUGGAUGUAUAGAUAUUUUAUGUAUAAAAAAAUAAUAUGUUAUUGUUACACACAAAAUUAUACUAAAUUAAUUCGGUUGUUUUCCAAAAUUCAAAAUUUGUUUGAAAAAUUUAAAUCAGAGAGAACAAUAAUUGCUUGUAAAUAUAAAAUAUUUUAAUGUCGGAAUCUAUAUUUUGUGGAGAAUGUGAAACUGAAUGUUAUAGCAGGCCUACGAAAGAAAUAUCUUAAAAUCUCUCAUUCCGUGGUUUUAAUGAACAAUAAGA